AUGGCUCAUCAAAGAAAUAAGUCUCGACCAACUGCACCUACUUCAGAAUCACCUGCUGUUACUACUUCUGAUGGUUUACAUUUACCUCCUGUUAAAGAAAAAAGUACUUCAAGUUUACCAAACAGAAAUGUUGACGAUACAGACAACCAGAAGUUACAAAGUCAAAAUGCAGCACUUUCCGGAGAGUUGAACAAACUGCGUCAGGAAAACGAAGCUUUAAUUUUUAUUAAUAGGGAAUUCAGAAAGGAACAGGAUAAAUUGUAUGAAGAACUUAAACGAAACAGAUCCUUUCAAUUGCCAAGGACUUUGCAGUUGACUGCUAGGA